CAUAACUGGAAGAAAAGUAAUUUUGUGUAUCUGAAUAACCAAGAAAAUGUAGUUUAAAAAUAAUUUAUCAUAUAUAGCUAAUUGUAAAGAAUUAAAAAUUCAAUAAUAAAAAUAUGGAUAAUGUUAACACAUUUUUAAACUUGCUGAAUAUUUAGAGUACAUAAGAGAGUGAAUGUCCAAAAGAUGAAUUGAAUGAUUCAAUUGAUUUAUAUAUGGACUCGAAGAUUAGUGAGGUAGAAAUAAGGAUUGUGAAGUAUUUACAUGGGAUGGGAAUUUAGACUAAAACAGAUCCAGGUUAAAAGGAAUAAUAAUAUUGGAAUUCGAAAAGACUCGAAAGUAAUAAGAAAUUAGAACAAUUUUGGAGUGGUAGCAAUUUACCAAUGAAUUCUUCAUUAACUCGUUUAUUGAAGAGUAGAUAAUCUCAAACAUUUUAACAUUUUGGACAGAGUGGAAUAUCUGUUCAAGAUUUUGGAACUUACUGAUAACAAAGUUCAUGAGUUGAGUUAAG